GGCGCCGAUCCGCCCCGUUUUUCCCGUGCGCGCAGUUCCAGCGGGCAGCCAAGAGGAAGUGGCGCGAGCCGCCGCUGCACGGCGCUGCUCCUCCCGGCGAUCGGCUGUCCGACACGCGCCGUUGCUGGAGGGAGGUGGACACGGAUCUCCCACCGCGCGCCACACAGCAAUAAAUAAUCGCGCGCCAGCGGGGCGAUUUCACAGUAGAGUAGGGAAGGACACGUCGGCUGCGCAGCCUGAUGAAGGAGCUUCAGCCCGGCUGAUUUGCGGAGAUGGGGAUUCUCAGCAUUACGGAGCAGGCUCCGCUGGUUCAAGCCAUUUUCAGCCGAAAUGUAGAAGACAUUGAGGCGUUACUGCACAGGAGGGAGGAUGUCAAUGCACUGGACCAAGAGCGUCGUACACCUCUGCACGCAGCUGCUUACCUCGGCGAUGUUCAUAUAAUUGGUCUCCUCAUCAAUUCAGGUGCUAAUGUUAACGCUAAGGACCACGUGUGGCUGACUCCACUCCAUCGGGCAGCAGCUUCGCGCAAUGAAAAGGCAGUGGACCUGCUGCUAAGACAGGGGGCAGAGGUCAAUGCGCGGGACAAGCAGUGGCAUACAGCACUUCAUGUGGCAGCUGCCAACCGUGCCACACGCUGCACUGAGGCCCUGUUACCUCAUCUGAGCAGCCUGAAUGUGGCUGACCGCAUGGGCAGGACUGCCUUGCACCAUGCUGCCCGCAGUGGGCAUCUGGAGACAGUGAGUUUGCUGCUGAACAGAGGGGCUAACCUUAGUGCCAGUGAUAAGAAGGACAGACAGCCAAUCCACUGGGCAGCCCACUUGGGCCAUCUGGAGGUGGUGAAGAUGCUGGUGGCUCGGGGUGCAGAUGCUGCCUACAGGGACAAAUGUGGCUAUACCCCUCUCCAUGCUGCUGCAUCCAGCGGCCAGGUUGACGUGGUGAAGUACCUGCUCCGGCUUGGGGCUGAGGUGGAUGAGCCCAAUGCCUUUGGAAAUACUGCGCUGCAUAUGGCCUGUUACACUGGUCAUGAUGCUGUGGCCAAUGAGCUGGUGAACAGGGGUGCCAAUGUCAAUCAGCCCAACCUGUGUGGCUACACCCCACUGCACAUGGCUGCCGUGUCCACUAACGGAGCGCUUUGUCUGGAGAUUCUGGUCAAUAAUGGUGCAGAUAUCAACAUGCAGAACAAAGAAGGGAAGAGCCCACUGCACAUGGCUGCUAUACAUGGACGCUUCACCCGUUCCCAGAUCCUCAUCCAAAACGGUGCAGACAUUGACUGCGUAGAUAAAUAUGGCAAUACCCCUCUUCACGUUGCUGCUAAGUAUGGCCAUGAGCUGUUGAUCAGUACCCUGAUGACCAACGGUGCCGACACAGCUAGGCAAGGGAUUCAUGGGAUGUUUCCACUGCACUUGGCCGUUCUCUACGGGUUUUCAGACUGUUGCCGCAAGUUGCUCUCCUCAGGUCAGCUGUACAGCAUUGUGUCAUCGCUGAGCAAUGAGCAUGUGCUGUCAGCCGGGUUUGACAUAAACACUCCAGACAAUCUCGGGAGGACCUGUCUGCAUGCCGCUGCUUCUGGAGGAAAUGUUGAAUGUCUUAACCUGUUGUUGAGCAGUGGAGCUGACUUGAACAAGAAGGACAAAUUUGAAAGGACUGCACUGCACUAUGCAGCGGCCAAUGGGAGCUACCAGUGCGCCGUGGCAUUGGUGAAUGCUGGUGCUGAAGUGAGCGAUCCCGACGGUAAGGGCCGGACACCGCUGCACUAUGCUGCUUCUUCGCAGAUCUGCCGCAGAGCAGAUAGACACAGCCCUGAGGACAAUGAACAUGGUGCAAAAGAGGCUGUUUUCUGCUUGGAAUAUCUGCUGGACCACGGUGUGGACCCAGCUCUGCGUGAUGCCAGUGGGUUCAGUGCUGUUCACUAUGCUGCUGCCUCUGGCAACAAGCAAAGCCUUGAACUGCUCCUGGAGAUGUCUUUCAACUGCUUUAGAGAUAUAGAGAGCAGUGUUCCAGUUAGCCCUUUGCACUUGGCUGCCUACAACGGGCACUGUGAGGCUGUCCGUGUUCUGGCAGAGACCCUUGUGAGCCUGGAUGUGCGGGAUGCUGAGGGUCGCACUGCUCUCUUCCUGGCUGCUCAGAGGGGCCAUAGCCGCUGUGUGGAGGUGCUACUAAACUAUGGGGCUUCGUGUCUGGUGAAGAAUCAGUAUCGCCAGACCCCACUUCAUGUUGCAGCUGCCUGUGGUCAGAGUGACUGCCUGCUCAUGCUGAUCAAUAGCAGAGAAAAGGUGGACCUCGCUGAUGUCAUGGACAUGCAGGGACAGACUCCCCUCAUGCUAGCUGUGCUUGGUGGCCAUGCUGGCUGUGUUCACCUGCUGCUGGAGAAGGGGGCCAUGGCUGAUGUGGGGGAUGAGGGGGGAUGGACUGCGCUCCACCGGGGGGCGGUAGUGGGCUGUGAGGACUGUGUCUCAGCCCUGCUGGACCAUGAUGCCUACCCUCUUUGUCGGGACUUCCAGGGGCGAACACCCCUGCACUUUGCUGCAUCUUGUGGUCACGUGGGACUCUUGGGUAGCCUACUAACAGCUGCUGCCCGCUCUGACCCCUUAGAUUCCAUGUUGGACUAUAGUGGGUACACACCUUUGCACUGGGCCGCAUACCAUGGGCAUGAAGACUGUUUAGAAAUUUUACUUGAACGCAGCACUUGUAGUAUCCAGGAGGGAAACCUUUUUACCCCCUUACACUGUGCUCUAAUUAAAGGCCAUGACAGUGCUGCAGAGCUCUUGGUGGAAGCCAUGGGGUCUCAGGUCAUGAAUAUGCAAGAUGGAAAAGGACGCACCCCAUUGCAUGCAGCUGCCUUUGUGGAGAGCGUGCCUGGACUGCGGCUGGCCCUCAGCUGUGGUGCAGAGGUCAACAUGGUGGACCACACAGGACGCUCAGCCCUGAUGCUCGCUGCCAGCUGGGGACACACUGCAGCUGUAGAGAUCCUACUGCAGGAAGCAAAGGCAGAUGUUAGCCUUCUGGAUGUGAACAAUAACACAGCUUUGCACCUGGCCUGCAGCAAGGCUCAUGAGAUGUGUGCCCUGCUGAUCCUGGCAGAGAUCAAUGACCCCUCCCUCAUCAAUGCUACAAACAGUGCCCUGCAAAUGCCCCUGCACAUUGCAGCACACAAUGGCCUAGCAACGGUGGUGCAGGUGCUGCUGAGUCGAGGGGCUGCCGUGCUGGCAGUCGACCGUGAAGGCCACACCCCUGCGCUAGCCUGUGCCCCUAACAAGGAUGUGGCUGAUUGCCUGGCCCUUAUCCUGUCCACCAUGAGGCCUUUUCCUCCUCGAACCCGCUCAGGGCCACCCCUCAGCCUGGGCCUGCUGAAGCACUACAGUAUCGUGGCAACCUGCAGUCCUCUGCCCAGCAGCACCCUGCGCCGGGCCUACACCAAGCAGCCGCACGGUACCAUGCGGCUGGACAGCUGCUUGUCUGAGUGAAGACCUGCUGUUACCCCGUGAUCCCCUCCAAACACGCAUUACAACAGCAGGAAAAUGUUUACAUGAGCUCACUAGUGUUGUGACUUCCUGUAUGGGUGCAGUCAGACCUAUAUUCAACUAUAUGCCAUUCCCCAUCUAUGACGCCAUUAGUGUUGCAGUGACUAGCCUUGGAGGAAACCUUCUCUGACAAUUUCCUCUUUGUCAGUUGCACAAGUCCACAGAAAACAAAUCACCCCUUAUAUUUUCAUUUUUUUCAGUUUUAUUUAAAUGCUUUUUUUAAAAAAAAUAAAUACUCUAAACUACUUUAGUGAUUCAUUAACCUGGUAUAAUUAAUGGAUGGUUUGAAAACUAAUGCAUUUCAAAGCAGAAAGCUUUGCUUAGUUAGUGUGUUCCAAAUAGGGGGAAAGCUAUAGGAAAUUUGAGUUGAGGCAGGAGCCCAAAGACUCUGUGGGUUUCAACCUGAGGGAAUAAACAGGUUAGAAACGUUAAUGUGUGCAAACCGAUGUGGAAAGUACAGUUAUCUGUUUGCACUCAGAACAUAUCUUUGUUUUUGGGUCACAACAGAUUUUUAGUUGAAAUGGAUUUUGCUGCAACUCUUGUUACAUUCUAUGAAUAGUGCAGCAAAACCCCAAACUGGCCAUAGAUUUGUAAACAAAGACGAAAAUCUGCUAUUCCAUAUAGUGGUAUCCAAAAUAACGUCACAUCUGAAAACUGACAUCUGCAUAUAUUUUGGGGAAAUAAUUUGCAGUCUAAAAUGUAUUGAAAUCCAAUAUCUCUCUUGAUUCGUCUCUUUUGGAUUCAUACACUUCCUAAUAAUGAUGCUGGAGGGAUUUCUAGCUGCACAUCUCCCAUCAACCUUUCUCUGAAAAGCUGCAGUCUGUGAGAUGAGUGGUAGCAGUGUAAGGCUUCUCUGCACGCUCCCUCAGAGAUACAGCGAUGGGGCAGACACACCCAGCUGAUGGAAACAUUGGCACCACAAGUGAGUUACUAAAUGAAUAUCUAUGAAUUAUUGCUAAUUGAAUAAAUGUAAAUUGCAGACGUUAUAGCACUUUUUCCAAGGGGCCGACUAUGAAAUAUUGUCUGAGGACUAAGUGCAGGCUUUUCUUUGUUAUUUCUUAUCACACCUAAUUUCACUUUUGUUUUUAUAAGAGAACAGAUAGUUUCAUUUUGCUUUAGAUGACUUCAUCAGACCAGUAUGAAGAAAAUCAUAAUUCGCACGUACGACAGCUCGGUUUGACUUAUGCAGCUAACUCAAAACGUAAUGUGUUCAUGCUACCACAGGAUGUUCUGACAUGUCAGUGCAAACAUGUUAAUUGGUAGACUUUUAUUUGAGCAAAUGGUUUUCAAGAAAGAAAAAGAAAACAGUCCAAAUUUGCACAGUAUUUAUGUGGUUUUAUUUAGAAGGGAGAAUUGCUUGUUUUGGGCAUUAUACUUCCAGUUUGUCAGUGCCAGGAGAUUUUGAAGUAGUUAAAAAAUAUCUGAGUGAAGGUCACAGGUUUCAGUUCUAAGUUUUUGAAGGCAUAUUUUUGGGUUUUUAUAUCUUUCAUUUCACAAAAUGAAAAGUUGUUAGUAGGAGUAGCUUUCUCCCAGGUUUACAUCAGGCAUAGCUAGUUAUUUAAUUGGUACAGGUUUACAAGGAAAUGAGUGAUCUCAUUGUUACUAUUUUAUAAAUACUUUGAUUCCAAUUAGCCCAACAGCCAUACUAGAAGGUAAAGUGUCAAUAUUUUCCUUGAAACGGAACACACAGUGCAAACUCAGUCUUGUAGGGUCAUGUCAGUAGAAUCUCAUUUAUCUCCACUGGAAUGUACUCUUGUAUGAUUUUAUUUCGUGAAAAGGUGAUGUAAACAUAGAAACAAUUUUUACACUUUGUCUUUGAGAUAAAAAGAAGGUUCUUGAGGGAACACAAUCUAUAAAUUAAGUAUUUUGCCUUAAUGGGUUAAUGACUGACUUCCCCGAAUACAGUGGUCACUUAACCAUGUGCAGAUCAGACUUACAGCCAAAAGAUAGAAUCUAAGCAAGCAUUUCUUUUGACAUGGGCAAGGUUUAAAAGUAAGUGUGACCUCAGCCAUGGUGAUACUGUGGGAUGCAUCCAAUUUACAGCUGUAGUACUCUGCUACAGCCAGUUUGUGAAUCAUAUGUUGACGUUAAUUUUGUUUCUUCCUCAUCUACUCCCAUUUCCCACCCUUAUGGUGUUUUUCUGGUCAGGGGACAUGUUUGUAAUACCUGUAUGAUCAGCAUCUUCCACACUUUGUGGUUUUCCAUCCAUCUGCCAAAUCCAACCCAUAAGUGUCGAUAACGCCUAUCGAAAUGCUUAGA